AUGUCUGACGAAACGUGGCCGCUUCAGUCCAUGAACAGGUGCCACGGCCGAGAAGAGGUCCCUUCCGACGACCGUGAUUUAUUUAGGCACAAACACGUCCACAUGCAGGAUCCACACGGGGAUCGAAGAAUCGAAAUGUUGGGUGCUCGACAGCCCAUGCUCGUCAGUACUGGUUCCCGAAACUGCGGGUUCGAGUGUUACCGAUGGUGUAAGCUUGGAGAUGAAGUCAGCGACGGCCUGUUCUUUCUCCGUGGGUCUUGGUUUAAACUGUAUGUCAAAUGCUCCGAGCUUAACCGCCCACUUGACCAAUCGGCCGGAUGCUUCCGGCUUCUGGAGUACCUGCAGAAGCGGUUGGUUGGUUAA